ACGGUGUACAUGACUAAACAUGUGCCAGGCACAGAGACUGGCACAUGCCAAGAGGACCCGUAAAUGCCAGCUGAGGCACUGGCCAAAACUGUCCUUCCUGGCACAGCCCUGUAAACUCAUUUCCUGCUGGGUUGGAGCUGCUUAUGGCUCUCAGUCUGGUCCUACAAUUGAGAUCAGACAGUUUUUGUGUCUGCCUCUCCCCCUCCCUUCCUCCUUGUGGGCUUCGCUUCUGAUUGGUUGAAGCUUGUGUUGCCUCGGCAGCACUUGUAAACAUUCCAGCUGGGAAUUCUGGGCUGGGCAGUUGAGAGCUCCUACUGAGCUCUCAGACUGAGAGCUCCCCAGAGACUGCUUUAAAAAAGGAUCUGUUCUCUCAGACGAAAGAACAUGGAUAUGAUUAAAAAGGUCAAAGGUCGAAAGGUAGUGACUAUAAAUGUGGAUCCUGCAAGGGAGGAGAAAGUGAAUGAAGCCCACCGCAUCACAACUGAAGCAGCCGCACCUGUAGUUGACAGUGCCAUCAGAAAUGCCGUUCAGCAUGUGGAAGAGGCUACAAACCCCUACAAAAACAUCAACUGGAUCACUCACGGUGAAUUCACAGUGGAAAAAGGCCGUGAACAAAUUGACCAGUUCAUUGCGACAUGGGAGCAUGAAGGGAGCUGGGUGCACGCCACAGAGUUUGCAGAGAAGAAAGAUUUAAUCCACUCCUUCCACUAUAUCUACCACGUAUACUGGAGUUUUACAACUCCUCCAAGACCUCUGGCAAAAUUCAGUGCUCUCGCCUACUUCAUCAUCAAGUUCAACAAAAGCAAACCUCCGCAUAUGCCUGUUGAUGUCUUGUAUUACUUCGAGGAAAGUAAACUGAUUCACAGACCAGGAAUGAGUCGAUUUCGAGAACAAUGGCUGCAUCAUAUCAUUGACGCCAAAUAUUCUUUACUGAAGUCCAUCACCACAUUGUAAUGCAGUUGCAUCUGAUUACUAAAGAAUGUUUUAGGACUGUCUCUGCAAUCAGACUAUAUUAAAGAUGCAGUACCAUAGGUUAAACCACAGAAUACUG